AUGGACGGAGGUUCAUUCUCUUCAAGCAUAGGAGAUUCAAUUGAUUUUGAUGAAAAGGAUUUAUCACUUAGUGAUAAACUCAAAGUAUUCAAAGCUUCAGCAUUUGAUCCUGAUUCAUAUGUCUCCAAUCGAUGUCGUCAAAUGAGCGAAAAGGAAAUAAGGCAUUUAUGCCAUUACCUUGUGGACUUAAGGAAGGCUUCUGCAGAGGAAAUGCGAAAAAGUGUUUAUGCUAAUUAUGCCUCUUUCAUACGCACAUCAAGGGAAAUAUCCAAUCUUGAAGGACAGCUUAUUGCCUUGAGAAAUCUCCUAUCUACUCGAGCAGCAAUUGUUCAAGGUUUAGCUGAAGGAAUUAAUGUCGAUUCUCUGUCUAGCUCUGAUGGUUCAACACAAGAUGAUAGGUCUAAUCAUGGAGACAAUGAUACCACCAAUACAGAGAGUUGGUUAGGACAAUUUAUAGAGAAGCUUGAAGUGCUACUUGCUGAGAGGAGACUGGAUGAAGUUUUGGAUGUGCUGGAUGAAGGUGAACAUAUGGCAAAGGAUACUUGUAGUAAACAGACACUGACUCCAUCCGCGUUAUUAUCAUUGCAGAAGGUUAUCACUGAACAGAAGCAAAAGUUAGCAGUACAGUUAGCAGAAGCUUCUUUCCAGUCUUCAGUCAGUGUUGCUGAGCUUCGCUCUGCAGUACAAGCUCUAAAACGCCUUGGUGAUGGACCUCGUGCUCAUACCUUAAUGUUAAGUUCUCACCAGCAGAAGUUGCAUGGUAGUAUGCAGGGUCUUCGGCCUUCAGGUAAUUCACAUGGAGUAGCAUAUAGCGCUGCUCUUUCGCAGCUUGUUUUCUCGACAAUUGCACAUGCCACAAGUGAUUCAUUGGCCUUAUUUGAUGAUGAACCUUCCUAUUUAUCUGAGUUAGUAACUUGGGCUGUCAACCAGACUGACAAUUUCGCUCAUCUUAUUAAGAGACAUGUCAUAGCUUCACCAGCAGCAUCAGGAUGCUUAAGACCUGUUGCUGAAAGUGUUCACAUAAGUCUCGGGCACUGCUCUUUGCUAGAAGCUCGCGGGUUGGCCCUUUCACCAGUUCUCUUGAAAAUCUUUAAGCCCUGUGUUGAGCAAGCACUGUAUGCCAAUAUAAAGAGGAUUGAGCAGUGCACUGCUGCACUUGCUGCUGCAGAUGAUUGGUCGCUAACGUAUCCACCAAUCGGCUCACGUUCUCUAGGAACUUCAUCUCUUGCUGGUGUAAUCGCCACCCAUCCAAAGCUCUCAAGCAGUGCUCAUAAAUUCAACACAAUGGUUCAGGAACUCUGCGAGGACAUUUGUCCUCUUGAAAUCUUACAGUUGUCUGAGAACGCUUUGGAAGGUGUGAUGCAAGUGUUUAACGCAUACAUAGGUAUGUUGAUAAAAGCAUUACCUGGUUCAGUGGACAAUGAGAACCUUGAAGGAUCUGUAAAUAGAAUUGUUAGGCUGGCUGAGACAGAACCUGAACAGAUUGCUUUACUAGCCAAUGCAUUAUUGUUAUCAGAUGAGCUAAUCCCUCGUGCAGCCUCCAAGCUUUCAUCUUCACAACAGUCUAAUAAGACAGAUGAUACAUCUAAACGAAGUACAGACAGGCAAUCCCGUCCUGUAGAGCAGAGAGAACUGAAGAGGCGACUACAACGUUUAGUUGAUCAGCUCCGUGACAGCUUUUGUAGGCAACAUGCACUUGAACUCAUUUUCUUGGAAGAUGGUGGCGUUCGUUUAAGUCCAGACAUGUACCUAAAUAUGGAUGGAAAUCCAGAAGAGAUUGAGUGGUUUCCAUCUCCAGUAUAUCAGGAAAUGUUUGGGAAGUUGACUCGAAUUGCUAGCAUAGCAUCAGACAUGUUUGUAGGAAGAGAGAGAUUUGCAACUAUUCUUUUGAUGAGGCUCACUGAAACUAUCAUCCUCUGGCUUUCUGAAGAUCAAAAUUUCUGGGAAGAGAUUGAACAAGGGACAAGGCCAUUAGGUCCACUUGGGCUUCAACAGUUUUAUCUGGAUAUGGAGUUUGUGAUACUGUUUGCUUCGCAAGGGCGUUACUUGUCUCGAAAUCUUCAACAAGUAAUCAAAAACAUCAUAGGCAGAGCCAUUGAAGCAGUUGCUGCAAGCCACAUUGAUCCUUACAGUGUACUUCCAGAGGAUGACUGGUUUGCAGAAGUUGCACAAAUUGCUAUAGAUAUGCUAACUGGGAAAACAGAAGUAGGGACCAUGGAGAAUGUUAGCAGCCCUACAGCAUCAUCAGUUCUUUCUCAUGGAAGUAACUAGUAUGUGAGGACAGUAAUCAACUAAAAUACUUCAUUUAAUUAUUGGUUUCUUGAUUUGAUAAUCAGCUAAGAUACUUCAUUCAGUUGGUGUUUUAUUAGGAAAAUUUAUUUAUUUAAUUGUAUUCUUUCUUUUUUUGUUGUUGCUAAAAUCAUAAGAAC